ACACUGAAUAAUUUCAUCGUUUUCGUUUCCUCGCACCGAAGCAAAAAUGGCGGAAAACCAAGACCCAAUUCGUUUCGGGAUCAUGGGAUGCGCCGAGAUCGCAAGUAAAGUGUCCCGAGCCAUUCGUCUAUCUCCCAACGCCGCCCUCGUCGCCGUCGCCAGCCGCUCCAUCGACAAGGCCAACCAAUUCGCAGCUCGCAACAAAUUACCCGAAAAUGUGAAGCUUUACGGGAGCUACGGCGAAUUGCUGGACGACCCUUUUGUCGAUGCGGUGUACGUGCCUUUGCCCACGACUCUUCACUUGAAAUGGGCGCUGAUGGCUGCUCAAAAGGGGAAGCAUCUGCUGCUGGAGAAGCCCACGGCGCUUGACGUGAAGGUGCUCGAUGAAAUGCUUGAGUCGUGUCGGAGGAAUGGAUUGCAGUUUAUGGAUGGGAGCAUGUGGUAUCAUCACCCGCGGACUGCCAAAAUGAAGGAGCUGCUGUCGGAUUCCCAUGUUUUUGGGCGUCUUAAAGCUAUCCACAGUUCUUCAUCGUACCACCCACCGCCUCAUUUUCUCGAAAACGAUGUAAGAGUGAAACCAGAACUCGACGCCCUUGGUGCCCUAGGUGAUGCAGGGUGGUACUGCAUCGGUGUCAUACUGUGGAGUAUGAACCAGAAACUACCCACAACCGUGACUGCUCUACCCAGCACCGUUAAAAACUCAGCUGGAGUGAUCCUAACGUGCAGUGCCUCCAUGCUAUGGGACGAGGAGGAAACUGUUGCAACCUUCUUUUGCUCGUUUCUCGCUCAUGAAACCAUGUCCCUUGCAGUAAGUGCCUCCAACGGGACUCUUAAUGUUGAUGACUUCAUAAUCCCUUACGAAGAGACUGCUGCUGGAUUCAGCUACACGUCUGGUGCUAAGUUUGCCAAUCUGCAUAUUGGGUGGAACAUGAAGCCUCAACACGUUCGAGUGGAGACAAAGCUGCCACAGGAGGCUUUGAUGAUUCAAGAAUUCUCCGGGCUUGUGAAGGGCGUUAAAUACCUUGGAGCUCAACCGGAUACACGGUGGGCUGAAACCAGUAGAUGUACUCAGCUUGUGAUGGAUGCAGUGAAAAAUUCCAUAGAUGAUGGUUACAAGGCUAUCAAGAUGUAAGUUUAUGUGCCUAAACUUGAUGUUUAUAUAUAAGUGAGAUAUGGUUCUUUCUGUUUGCA